UAAUUUUAUGAAUGCGAAAUCGGUGCUGACAAAAUUUGAUUACCAUGAGUAGUAUUAACUUUUUAAUCCUGCUGAAUAUCUGUUUAAUCAGCCAGCGGGUCAGCCGUUUAUAGAAUUCACUCAUUUAUUCCAAAGGAUCAGACUCUCCAGAGCGCGAAAAAUCCUCGGCCGACUCAUGGGAAUCGACGCAUCACGGGAGCGAUAAAGACUUACGUUACAAGUGUCAUAAACGGAGCCAAUUAUCUGAUAAGUUCUCAACGGGGAAAAUAUGUUAAUUAUUCAAGUUAAAUAGACAUCAGAACUUCUUUACUGCUUCAGGAAAGCUCUCGCAGUAGAAAUCUCAUUAUCUUAAAUGAUAAAAGUCGAACUCGAGAGGAAAAAUGGGAUCGAAUCGCUUAUUUUUUGUUUCUCGACCUGACUUGCGCGGCGGGAAACGAAUCUAGGUAUUGCUACACUUCGCAUAAAAAAAGGGGAAGCGUAGUUUCUUUUUUUAAAUAAAUCAUAAGCUUGAAUAUAUACACACAUAUGCAUAUACACUUCUAUCCACAUAUAAACACGCUGAAAAGAUACCAAGACAUACACUUAUAAAACGCACACAGACAAAAACAAAGCGCACUGAAUUUCCGGCACCAAAAAAUAAGCCAGGAGAUCCGCUCACGCCCUCCUCCUUUUGCCGUUCUGCCGCAGGGCGAGAGGGUCCACCCCAAUCCCAAGGGCGGCGUCCUCAUCUCUUCGAAGAACCUGGUCCUCCAGAUGGUGCGGCGGACUUCGGCGGGAAACUACACCUGUGCCGCCGAGAACUCCCUUGGCGCCACCACCAGCAACGUGGUGCUGCUCUCCAUACGAUAUCUCCCCGUGUGUGUGGGCGGCCCUCAGGCGGUGGCCGUGGCGGAGGGAGAGGACGUCCGCUUGACCUGUGAAGUGGACGCCCAGCCCGAAGACAACCUUCACUUCACGUGGUACUUCAACAACACUCUGGACACUGUCGAGGUCGAGCGCCAUCGAAUUGAAGUCCGGCCGGGGCACAGCUUCUUGGAUUAUACGCCGAGGUCGUCCAGGGAUUACGGCACGCUGUCCUGCUGGGCGACCAACGAGGUGGGGACGCAGGCCGACCCUUGCAGGUUCACGGUGGUCGAGGCAGGGCCCCCCGAGCGCGUGGGGAACUGCAUGCUGGUCAACCUGACGGUGAGCACCCUGGAGGUGGAGUGCACGCCGGGCAGCGACGGGGGCCUCCAGCAGAAGUUCGUGGCCCGCGUCUACGCCGCACCCACGCACACCCUCGUGGCAACCCUGGAGGAGGACACACCCAGGUUCUGCGUCGGUGGCCUCACGCCCGGCCAGGAUUAUCUUAUCACCAUCACCGCAGAGUAA